ACCCGCGAAUUCCUCAUCGGAAAAUCAAUUCUAACACUUCCAGUUACUCAUCUUCGCAAAUCUCACAAACUAAUUGCUAAACAGCAAAAUGGAUUUGAGGAUCGUGGGUUUUGAUUGUCCAUUCUUCUCAACUCUACAAAACAUGAUCGACACCGGCGACGAUUCCGACAAGUCUCUCAACACUCCAACCCGCACCUAUGUCCGCGACGCCAAGGCCAUGGCUGCGACUCCGGCUGACGUCAAGGAAUACCCGAAUUCCUACGCCUUCAUCAUCGACAUGCCGGGGCUGAAGUCCGGCGACAUCAAGGUUCAGGUGGAGGACGACAAUGUGCUGGUGAUCAGCGGAGAGAGGAAGCGGGAGGAGGAGAAGGAAGGCGCCAAGUACGUGAGAAUGGAGAGGAGGGUGGGGAAGUUUAUGAGGAAGUUUGUGUUGCCAGAGAAUGCGAAUACUGAUAAGAUAUCUGCCGUUUGUCAAGAUGGGGUGUUGACCGUCACCGUUGAGAAGCUGCCACCGCCGGAGCCCAAGAAGCCCAAGACCGUUGAGGUCAAAAUUGCUUGAAAUAUUGGGGAUUUUGGGAGGGUUUUGUUUAGUAGGAAAUAAUGUGGUAAAGUGGGUCUGGCACAGGAGGCUUUGUUUGGGUUUGAUUUUGGGUCAAUGGCUGCUGGCGAUGUCGUGAUGAAGUAGGUGAUUUCUCAAGAAUAGUCUAAUGUGUAGUGUUGUGUACUAUCAAUGAAGUUACCCUUUACUCUUC